GGCCCCAGCUCGGAGGAGGCUUCGAGCCUUAAAGCGCCUUCGGGCGGUGGUGAGGGCUCACAGAGGGACUGAGAAGAGUAGACACCAUGGCCAGCCCUUGCGUGCUACUGAGCAACAAGAUGAAGAUGCCUGCCUUGGGGCUGGGCACUUGGCAGGCUCCUCCAGGUAAGGUGGAAGAAGUAGUGAAGGUUGCUAUUGAUACAGGAUACCGCCUUUUCGACUGUGCCUACUUCUACCAGAAUGAAAAUGAGAUAGGGAAUGCAGUACAGCAAAAGAUCAAGGAGGGGGCUGUGAAACGGGAAGACCUCUUCAUUGUCACUAAGUUGUGGAACACGUUUCACGAGAAGUCCCUUGUUAAGGUAGCAUGCAAGAAAAGCCUCGCUGCACUGCAACUGGACUACCUUGACCUCUACCUCAUGCACUACCCUAUGGGAUUCAAGGCUGGUGAAGAACUGCAUCCUAUGGAUGAAAAGGGUAUGAGUAUCCCCAGUGAUACUGACUUUCUGGACACAUGGGAGGCUAUGGAAGAGCUGGUGGACUGUGGUCUGGUAAAAGCCAUUGGAAUCUCCAAUUUUAACCAUGAGCAGAUUGAAAGACUCUUGAACAAGCCAGGACUGAAAUACAAGCCGGUAAAUAACCAGAUUGAAUGUCACCCAUACCUAACUCAGGAGAAGCUGAUCAAGUACUGUCAAUCCAAAGGGAUUGCUGUGACAGCAUACAGCCCCCUUGGCUCUCCAAACCGCCCAUGGGCCAAGCCAGGGGAACCUAUGCUGCUGGAGGACCCCAGGAUUAAAGAGAUUGCAGCUAGACACCAUAAAACCCCUGCUCAGGUGCUGAUCCGAUUCCUUAUCCAAAGAGACGUGAUUGUCAUUCCCAAGUCUGACAAACCCCAGCGUGUUCAGGAAAACAUCAAGGUUUUUGACUUUGAACUGUCUGAAAAGGAGAUGGAUGUCAUCCUCAGCUUUAACAGGAACUGGAGGGCAGUUCCAGUACUCCAGGCUGUCAAUCACAAGGACUACCCAUUCAAAGCAGAAUAUUAAUGCCAGCAGUUUCUGUGAGGCCUCCAUGUAAGUUCUUCCAGAUUAGAAGAUGUGCUCUGUAGCUUGGUCUUGAUUUCUUCGUCUGUACUUGACAAUGAUUAUGAGCCGUUAUUUCUCCUCUUUUCUAGGAGACCACCACUAGCUGGUAUAAGAAUACAUCAAUAGAGAUGGAUCUUUUUCAAAGUAGAAAUCUGGUUUUGAUUAAACAGUAACGAGACAGUGUCUCUUCAUUUCCGUUUUUACUUGUCUUCCUUAAUCAAAGAUGUGUUUAAAAAAACACUGUGGUUACUCACAAAAAUUUUUAUAUGUUAUUUCCAGUGUGGUCCUUUACAUUGGCUCACUAGUUGCUGUCAAGGAAUGCUCUUUUAAAUGAGUUUGCUUUUAAUAUAGUAGUGAUUUUUAUAUUGUCUAUCUCUAAUGCUUUAAAAUUUUCUAUGAAUAAAGUUUGAAUGACAACAAAACGUUCAAUUAAAUGUUUAAAUUAUUUCAUACAAUUAGUUAUAAAAACAUGCCUGGAUUCUGGAUUUUUUUUUUCUAAAUUUUCUAGAGAUAGAAAUAGUUUCUGUGCUUUGUGUACAAGGACAGUACAUAUAGACUACUUCGUGGCUUAUGCAUCAAGUAGUCUCAUGCUCUAGCUAGAACCUAAAGAACAAAGUGGUAUCUAUUAAUCCACAUAGCCCUCCCUCUGGACAACUAGAAAUUGUACGCUUGUGUCAUGAGAGGUCAAAAGGUGAAGACAGCAUCAUAUGGAGUCAUAGUACACAUCAAAAUCUGUCCAGCUGAAGACAAGGGCUACCUAUGAACUGACUUGCUCUGGCAGCACUCAGAAUAAUACAUCCUGCCUAGUGUUGGCUUUAUUUAAAGAAAACACAAAAGCUUUUAUUUAAAAAUACCAAAGCAAAAUUUAAGGCGGACCCACAGUUGCUUGAGAGUAGUCUUAGGUGGUUAAAGCUAAGCCAAAGCAAAAGCAGGCUUGAAAGAGGCUGUUUUGUGGCAUUCUGUACUCUGGCAAUUGAAAGUCUGGUGACGAUGCUGAAUGAUCUGCAGGAAAGUGUCAUCAGAAGCCAAGAUGACAACCUAGUAUCAUCUAAAAAAUCAUCAACUCAUUAUGGUAUCAAUAUGCCAAAAAAACAGCACUGCUGAGUCAACCACCAGGACUUGUCUUAGACAAAUUCUGCCAGGAGGUGGUGCCAGUUGGUGGGAAAAGCCAUCACUGCAGCACAUUACAGUAUUUCCUAAAAGUAAAAUCGACUGCGCAGUGCGCUUCCAUGCUCUUGGAAAAGGCAAUAACUAGGGGCAAAAGAAACUUAACGACAUUAAAAAGGGAAAGUAUUACUUCAGCAAAGCUUGUAGAGAAAUGUAGCAACACAGUCAGUCAGUGCGAGGCAGAACAGGCACAUUUUCAAGCAUACUAGCUCUUUCCAGGUUAAAUUAGGCAGCAUCCAAUUAUUUCUCCCCUGGUAGCUCAGAAUGCUGUGUGUGCUGCAGCCUUCCUGGUGCUUCCCGUGGAGAUGGCAGCAGCUUGGGGGAGCUCUUUUGGAUUUCUGUGACUUGGUGAGAGCAUGCUGUGCUGCCAUUAGAGCAUAAAUGAAGAGGCUAGGAGGAGGACAAUAGGAAAGCCAGCAGCUUCCCAUGCUUGGUCCCCGUGAUCAUCCAAACCUGGAAGCACAUCCAACUGGGGCAGACAGAAGAAACACAAUGGCUCUCGGAAAGCUGAUGGCUGCGCCACUGGGUCAGUACCCACUUCAUUGAGCAUGCUGACUUCUGGGUGAUGCGCAGCUCCAGUACUGAUAGGGAUGACAAGUUAGAAUUCUUUUACCUUAACAAUACGUACUUUAAAGCUGAUGAUGUAACAACUCGGUUGUCUGCUGUAGGAUAGUACAUCAGAAGAGAUAUCCUUCAAGGUUCUUUGCAAUGAUGCCUAUUUUACACAGCCUUAGCAUGAUUCCUGUCUCAGUUACAACUGUCUCGUUCCUACUCAUUAACAAACAGGGGGCUGCUGAUGGAAAUAUUCCAUUUAUUGUGGAUGCAGAUUCAGAAUACAUUGUUUGAACAAAUCAUUUUUAUUGCAGCUAUCAAGUGUAUUUGAAAGACUCAGAGGAUUGUUUACAAAACCCCCAAACAAAAACCAUGACAGCUCACAGACAAUGUCAGGCACGGUUUCACCCCUAGAGAUAACUAUGUGCAUCUCUCUAUGUAAACAAGAUGUUUCAGCCAAGCAGGGAGUUCAUCGUUGUGUUGAAAUACUAUAUAAUAUUAUUCUUCUUUAGGAAGAAGUCAGAUGCUGUGUGAGAUGGAAGGCGAAAAGGGAGGGAGCUCCUGGCAGUUCUGAUGCACAACAAAGCUGUUAACAAAAUGCUCAGGGGCUACUUCAGUUGCUCAGUUUAUGCCACCCAUACAUUGUAGGAUGUAAAAGCUAAAUUGUAUGGCAUGUAAAUUCAAACCAAGCUGACGUCUUAUAGCAACGCGUUUACUAUGUACAAAUGAAAACAUCUGUAAAUAAAAUACUUGGGAGAGAGAGUUAAAAACAAA